UGUAGGGAUGAGACUAUGAGAGCGACGAAGACAGAAUGAACUCGCUGCGUACAUGCCCGAGUGCCGCGUCAUUUCAGUGUAAGGUUAGAAGUGUUUUGGGAUGUGUGUAAUUUUCCGCGCUCACGUGAAUUUCCGGCGUCAUGGAGGAUACGGAGAAAGGGGACGAUGAAGCAGCGGUGGCCGUGGAUCGCAGCCUGUCGGAGCGGGCGAGUAACGAGCCGGAAAGCGGCGAUUCCGGAUACGCCGAGCCCCUCGAGCUGUCGUCAAGGAGCUUAGGCGACGGAGUGAGCUCCACGGGGGAGUCGAUGACGGCGGUGCAGGCACGCCAGGAGGAGGCCAGGCGCAAGCGCCGCAAGAAGAAGCGCUCGUCCGGCUCGUCCCUCGUCUCGUCUUGCUUCCAAGAGCUGUACAAGCUGACGGGCGAGGUACUGGGAGAAGGGGCGUACGCUUCGGUGCAGACGUGCGCCUCGCUCUACACGGACCUCGAGUACGCGGUCAAGAUCAUCGACAAGAUACCCGGACACGCGCGCGAGCGCGUGUUCAAGGAGGUGGAGACGUUCCACAACUGCGCCGGCCACCCGAACAUCAUACAGCUGAUCGAGUUCUUCGAGGACGACGAGCGCUUCUACCUCGUCUUCGAGAAAGUCAACGGCGGCCAGCUGCUCAAUCGCAUCCAGGAGCGCGUGCACUUCAGCGAACGCGAGGCCAGCCAGAUCAUCAAGGAGAUCGCCAGCGCGCUCACCUUCCUCCAUAAGAAGGGCAUCGCUCACCGCGACCUCAAGCCCGAGAACAUCCUGUGCGUGCACCCCGACAAGCUCACACCAGUCAAGAUCUGCGAUUUCGACCUGGGCUCGGGCAUAAGGUUCAACAAUAGCGUGGCCUCGCCCAUCGCCACACCGCAACUCCUGACGCCGGUCGGCAGUGCUGAGUUCAUGGCGCCCGAAGUGGUCGAAGCCUUCAUCGGCGACGGCAACUUCUACGACAAGCGUUGCGAUCUCUGGAGUCUUGGCGUCAUCAUGUACAUUCUGCUCUGUGGCUACCCGCCGUUUUAUGGCAACUGCGGUACUAACUGCGGCUGGGAACGCGGUGAAAAUUGUUGUGCCUGCCAGCAGCUGCUCUUCACCAGCAUCCAAGACGGCAAGUACGAGUUUCCGGAUUCCGAGUGGGCCGACAUCUCCGAGGAGGCGAAAGAUCUGAUCUCGAGUCUCUUGAUCAAACAAGCCCAGAAGCGUCUCAGCGCCGAGAGCGUUCUCAACCAUCCGUGGAUCAAUCCGGGUCCCGCCUGUCGCCAAACUGCUGAUCGCCCGCUGGCAACUCCUCAUACCAUCAGGAGAAACAACUCGGCACGGGAGCUGUCGGUGUUUGCUGAUUCGGCGAUGGCUGUAAACCGUGUAUUUCUGCAGCACUUCUCCGUUAACCUGGAGGACUUGCAGGAGUACCGCGAGUUUCGACUGUCAACUUCAUCGACCGACGACGACAACCAUCCUUACGGCCACAUGUCGGACUCGAGCAGCGAACUGUCCGAGAGUCAAUCCUCGGGCGAAUUUGACCACGGCACCAGGCGCAAGUCAUCGGGCACCGACUCGUCCGGUAACAUAGGCAUCUUGAGCAAACAGCGUCUCUUUGAUAAGGAUCCUAUCAGCUUGUUCGGAUUGUCACCACCAAGCGAAAGCAGACUCAUGCAGCGUCGCCUCAAAGCUCGCUCCGACCUGCUCAUUCGCCAUAACAAUAAGUUGUCCAUCGUUGCAUCACCAAGUGGCUGAGUUACAGUUGGAGUUACGUCCCAGCGACGACCAACAUCAUCAAGUCGUCUUCAUCGUCCAACACCUCAUCUCCCCAUUGGGUUCGAGCUCCUUCAUGUGAUUCGAUCCGCUCAUGAAAUCGCGUUUAACUUAUUUUCUCUACUUGGUAAACCUUAUACUUUUCGGCAGUCUAAUUUUGCAUACCUUGGACGAGCAUUCGGUUGCGUAGCCCUCUUUUAACGCAUUGUAUACAGUUAUGGACUUUUUCUUUUUUUUUCCUUUUUUUUUGAGUUGGCGGAUAGCACUAAAAACGUACUCACACAUGUACACUUUACUGAAUGCGAGGACACUGCUCAUCCUACGAAAUAUGCAUUGACAGUUGAUUGGAUAAUUGUAUUAUUUUGUUCAUUUGUUUUGAUAUAGAAUGGUAAACAGUUUGAUGUGGCUUGUUUUAUUGCGGCCACCUUGUGCCAUGCAUAGUAUUUCUUGUUGUCAAAGAAAAAAGGUGUAUGAUUGGAUUUCUUAUGAUUGGUAUUUUCGAUAACUGUCGAAGCACCAUCCGUAACUUCAAUACUUUUAAUUCAAGUUCAUAGAUUCUAUUCAUUUUGUUGUUAAUUCUAUUUAAUUUUGUGCGUACUUUAUGCACUUCAAUGUGAAGUAAGUAACGUUGAUCAGCAAGAUAUGCUAAGGAAUUAUUCCAAGUAAUUUUUGGUAUUACCUAUCUUAUAAGCUGUUCAGUUACUUACAUUUUUAAGUAGACACUUAUAUAAUUUUUCAGAUUCUCAAUUAUAAUUCAAAUUCGAAAUUUGAAAAUCGAAUUUUCUAUCCAAAUUCAAAUUAAUAGCCAAGCAGUGUCCUUUCAGAUGCAUCAGUGUAGUGUACAGUUUUUGCUCAGUAGGAUUGUAAGGUAUAGCUAUAGACUAUAAGAAUCUUGAUAAAGUUAAUACAUUUUUAAUGAGCGGCAAAAAUAAUUAUAGAAUGGAGUUAUGUCGCAGAAAGACGGAUUUAUCAGACCAUAUUCUUUACAAGUGCUUAAAGAGUUUAAUAAAUCACAAAAAAAAAAAAUAAUAAUUAGCACGUAGUGAGCAAAGGAAUAGUCACUUUGUGUGAAGUCCUUUCAAAUUUGUACCUGUGUUGUAAGUGAAUUAGGCGGGAGGAAGAAGAUAUUUAAAAAAUUAGAGAUUCAAAUUUAAAAAAAUUUUAUGCUUUAUAAAAAUAUAUUUACUAUUAUUAGAUCUACUUAAAUAUUACCAAAACGACUUGGAUUUAAUCUUAUUUGUUUAUUUUCUCUGUACUUUAAGUCUCUUUAAAUACCAAAAAUUACAUCAUGUAUCAUUUAAAAAGAUUGGUGCGCUUUUCAGUCAACAUUUCUUUCGUUACAUCUUUUUCGAACGAAUAUUUAUGAUUGUACAUGUUACGUUCAAUUAUGAGUUAUUAUUUAAAGUUCUUUUUUCGUACAUUUGGUACUAGUUUGCAAUUGUUUUUAAAUGUUUUCUUUUUAAUGGUUAUACUUAAUGUUUUUUUAUUAUUUUAUUGAUAUUUUCAUACAAAUCCUAUGGGUUGUUGAUGAACAUAAAAAAGUUGCGCCAAUCUUAAAGUGAUUCGCAAAAAAUCAAUUACUUUCAAAAACAUUACUUUGAACUAUUUCAAAAAAACAAUUUACGCGAUUGUAAAGUGGCUGUUCACCGACUACGUCUCAUGAACGUGCUGAGGUGGAUUCGAAGCCUUUCCCUGGUCUAAUAGUUUAUAAGAAAAAGCGAAUUUUCUCAAGAUUCUCAACAAAUCAGAUUUACAUGGUAAAAUUAACUGCAGAUUUCCUAUUGCAACCAUAUUUGAGAUAUCUUGGGAAGAAAAUCAUAAGCAAACAAGUGUAUAUAAAAUUUAACAACUCUAUAGAAGAGAUGUGCUGAGGAAAUAUUAUGUCACGGACCGAUCAAAUACAGAAAACAAAAAAAAAGAAAAAAAAAACAAAAAAAUAUGGCCAUUCAUGGCUCCCAGUGGUCUUUUAAAAAAUCUUUGAUUCACGCCAAAUUACUAUUGUAACGGUGUUUCUCUGUGCCAGUAUUUUAUUUCAUAUUCUAAUUUUUUCACCGUACAGUAUAAAAUAAAAAACUGUUGAAGAUUCACGGAGAAACAUCGCUGGUACGCGAAAGAUACUAACAUAGAAGAACCGUAUAUUAUAUUAUGUAAGCGUACCGAUAACAUCGCCUCAAACAGAAUAUAAUGAUAAUGUUAUUUCGUCCAGACGCUGGCGCGGAUGAAAGACUUUGAGUAGCUUUUUAAAACUUUAUUUCUUCUUCCUCUAACUCUUUAUUUUCUCUGUAUUUAAAGUCAUUUUAGACUUACACAAAGAUGAGCACGAGUGUGAAUGCUAUUGUGAGAGUGAUUGCGAGUAACCACUGUAAAUAAAUUUUUGGGAUUGCAGAUAAUUAGGGGAACGUACUGUAAAGAUUGUAGAAGUUUGAGCGAAUGAACGUAAAGUUGAACUGUAAUAACUUGAUACGAGAGGUGAAUUUUUUUAAAAGCAAUGGCCAUAAUAGUGAUCGACGCACGCGGGGCGCGGCGAGUGUAUGAUGACGAAUACGAAAAUAACGCAAGCGACAAAUGUUGAAAAGAAAAAUCUAACUAUUAGUUGGUAAGAAAGAAAUUUGCAGCAGACGUGUCGAUUGACGGCCGCUGAAAUGAUGAGUAAGCGUGUGAUAAUACAAAUAUACUAGUGUGUGAAUGAGAAUACAUUUUUUGCGCUAUUAAAAUGAUAACGAGAGAAUGUAAUCCUUUUUGGUCAUUUUUUUCUCAGCGUGCCGCUGCAAUCGUUUAAGCGAUUGUUGAACGAUAACAACAUCAAACAAAAUAAAUAUGAACACUUUUGACUGUAAAAUGGUUGAACAACGCUCUCAGAAUCUGAUUUUGAAAGGCCAAUCACGUUCUGAACUAUUGACACUCAUUGUGAUCGAAGCGCAAGCGAAAAGAAUUGAACGGUAUUAUUAUAUCUCGUUAUAUAUCGGCGCUAAUAAAAAAAACAGUGAGAAAAAUAAUACGAAAAAAAAUAUAGCGCAGCGGCAACUUUAUACACAUAUACGCGUAGAGCAUCGCUGUUUCUCUCUUCGACUCGCGAAGCUUACAAAUAUUAGUCAAGACACGCGAGUUGAUUGCUUCCGUCUUUGAGCCAGCUGCCAAAGUCAUUGUACGCGGGUUUCACUCGAAGAGACAAGCAGCGAGAUUUUCGUUACUUUUUUAAAAAGCAAUCUAAAAAAAUGUCAAAAAAAAUCAUAAUAAAAACACACAGAAUCUUUUCAAUUGAUUACAUGACUUUUUUUUUUAAAACAAUUAUCCUGUGCUUGUUUAACGUAAAUCAAAAUUUCGACAUUUAACAACUACACAGAGAACAAAAAUCAUCUAGUCCCGUUUGGUAUUUGAUAUUGAGAAUCAUCGUCGAAUUCUUGUUAUGCUCAUAUACAUUAGUACGGCGUCGCAUUCAUCGAAAUUCAUAAAAAUUUAAUUCUGUACAUGACGUCGACUAAAACAUUUUGUCUUAUAUAGAAAAAACAAAAAAAACAAUGUUCACGAUAGAUGGCUCGUGAAGAACAAAAGCCACGUAAAGAUGCUCUUGUAAGCAACUAGCGACGAAAAGUUGAAAAAGAAAAUCACAAAAAAAAAACAUAAAAUGCAACAAAAAAGGAAAAGAAAAUCAAUUGUUAGAAUUAUGAAUAGUGCCUAGAUUAGGACUAGGCGCAAUAAGUAGUUGAACCGGUCCUCGAACGACCAAAAUUCCCUGUCCCCCUUUAUUCACGUCAUUACUCAUUUUUUGUAUCUCAAGGAAUUAAUCCUUCCCAUUAAAACGAGAAUCGUUCGAGCGAUUAGUCGGCAAAAGAGAAAUUUGCUGCGAAAGGAAAACAGAGAGAGGAAAAUGACGAAACGAAACUAUUUUUUAUCAUUUACAUCCGGCAAUGCGUAGGCGAAGCGAGCGGCGUUUGUCGUCCACUCUUCGUUACCACUCGACGCUUUCUAUGCGAGGCUUUUUACAAUGCUGCGUCUUGCAUUUUUUUAUUUCGCUUCCAACCUUUGUUGCGUAUUACGAGUCAGAGACUACGACGACGGCGGCAACAUGCAAGUUGCACACGUAUAGAGAGAGAAUGUUGAGACAGAGGCGAGAACAGUGAUGAGAUAACGAUGCGACUUUUCUCGUUCCAACGACGAAAGGCGUUUUAUUUUUGUAUAUCGACGAUUGAUUGAACGGAGGGAGCGAACAGCGUAUCUGUAUAAAGAAGAUAUAUAAUGUACAUAAUUUCGUUUUUCAAAUCGACGUAUCUGUUAUAUUUUUACAAAAUUGCAAUUUAUCCCGGAGGAAGAGGGAAAAAGAACAGUACUGAGCGUCGGCUUUCCGAGUGUUCUUGAUUUUGAAGAGAAAUCACGCGGCAAUAUAAUUGUCUCUUAGACAUGCUCACACACUUAUCAGUAUUUCCGAACUGCAUUUAUUAUUGAUCCAAGUUUUAGCGCUCGUGCCAACGAUAUUUACGUCUCUCUUCUACACUAUUUGUUUUCCACGAUAAUUGAGACAUAAUGUGCACGGAAAGCUGAUGCGGCAUCGAAAAAUAUCUAAAAAAAAUAAUACAUUGCUAUCAGAGUAUCCAGAGAGACAGAGAGGAGUGAAAUAAUAUUUAAAGCUUUAACGUGGGAAGCUCCCAUGUGUGAUGCGUGAAAACAAUUAGCCUGUAGUGAAACAUAUGAAAAAAUGUUGAGACUGGAUUGUGAACGUACAAAACUUUAUUAUAAAAAUGUAGCGAGUCAAGAUCAAGUUUAAGCGAAAUUUCAUUCUUAAAGAUUAUCUAAAUUUGAGCAAACCUUCUGAUGCGCGCGUCUGAAUUGGCGAAAUUGGUGUUUUUUCAUGUGAAUUUUUACCGCACGUUGUGCAUGCAUAAAAGAAAUGACCUAAUAAGUUGGCUCAAGCUUAGAAAGUUUUUAUCAAUAAUGUAAUCAGAGCGAGAGAAUAUAUUUACGUUAAAAUAUCGCGGGAUGAUUGAGAACGUAUGGAAAAUAAGUGGAAAAUGCCGAUCACGCAAGCGAUGGAAGUUCUUCUGGGAACUUAAAUUCUUAGUUUGUUCUUUGUGAUUUUACCAUGACAUUUAUUCUCGUGAAAAACAAAACAAUAUUGCAAUAUCUAUACUACAUACCAUAUAGUACGUGAAAAUUUGGUCUUUCAUUUGAAACAAUUUGCUUGCUCGAUCCCUCCAAAAAGAUUAUUAAAACAUGACAAUUCGUGGAACGAGUGACCAUAUGUAUGAACACUGAAUAUCAAACAUACAGAGCGAUAUGUGAACGAACGAACGAAAGAAAAGCAAGGCAAAGAGGAGAACAGUAAUUUUACCUCCUGUAGCUUAUCAUUUUUAUACAUACGAUUGAGUACA